GCUCAUCGUCCCGGCUGCAUGGAGCCUCUCUUGCCGGUUGGUCGUCUACACAUGUACCUAUGGGCUUUGAUGUCUUUCCUUACUUCUCGCUUACUACGGCCGGAGCCGUCUUCUAUACUUCACAGGUAAAUGAAUCCAUGCGUAUCUAGUGCCGUAUUUUGAAUUUCGUGACAGGUGUCGCAUUCAAAUUCAAUUCUAGUUUUUGUACCAUUACUACUUUCAAAAUUAAGCAUACGCAUAGGACACACAUUCUUUUCAUCAAUUACUGCACUGACUACAUCGAAGCGACACAUUGCGAUUGCUGAGACCGCGAAGGCGAGUUUUAUUUGAUCCGCCUGCAAAAUGAGACGCGGUUUGAUUACGUCGGUAGUGGGUAUCUUUGCCUUUGGGUCUGCGGCCGGGCUUUCUCUGAAAAACCAAUCACUGUCGGAGAAGAAGGUAGCUACUUUCCCCUCGCAACCAAUACGUGCUUUGCUGUGCUACGUAUUACUGUUCAUGAUGACUACAUGUGGAGAUGAAGGAUGAAGCAAUUGCACUUUUGGUGUGCAGCUUCCGGUUUGCAAAACUGAUGAUAAGCUCCAACUUACAUGAAACUCAGGCAAGCUUGGAACGGUUCAUCGAAGGUUACAUCGGAAAAAAAUGGGAGGAGGUGGAAAACGGGGAGCCCGAGCCCACAUUUCGUGCGAAGGUUACGGAAGACGGAAACUUGCUGGUGGCAUUCGAGCCGGACCAGCAAGAAUUUGACGCGACGCGGCGGGUUGUAUCCCAUUGAAGUUUCUCUUGGCAGCUCCUUUCCUGAAAUAGGUGGUUACCUUCCUGUGCAGGGCACAAGUAGGAUCUGUGGCGGAAAAAUUAUAGCCGUUUCAGGCACAAUAGUAGUCGGCAUGCGCGCCAUUGCAUUCGUCGCACGGACUAACUGUCAGGUAUCUAGUAGUCUUCCGCCUGCUCGGGCUAGACUAAGUAGGGUACUUAAGCAAUUUGUGUGUUCAGUCCGACUUCAGAUAUGGAACUGCCAUGGAAAUUUCGUUUGUAAAGCUGCCAUACGAGAACUACUCCGGGAUUUACAUGGUAAUAUAGAUUGAGGUUUUCAUACAAUUGGAUUGCGUAAGAUUUUUUUUGUGGUGUGGUUUCGUUGGUAUGCAUAUGGCGGUUGUACUAGUGGCCGCGCUUUCAGCUUCGACCGUAUGAUCCGCAGGGAUGCCGUAGCUUGAUUCUUGUUUUCAAUGCUAGUUAUCGAAAAGGUAGACGAUAUAGAAAUUCCACAUGCCCGAGUUACUGUCACAGAAGAAGAGUUUACAUUUCGUCAUCGCAAACCUCUACACAGCAUUUCAAGAUUGUGAUCAGGGACCCCGACUUCUUCGUCCCGGAGGGUUGGAGCAUCCUUGAAGACAGACAGUCUUUGAAAGUAAAGAUGAAGACUCAGCCGGUUGCGUACGCCAAAUACAAAACCUUCCAUCCAAAUAUCAACAACAAAGCAGGUUAGUCUACAUCUUCACAUUUUUGGUUAGUCUAAAUGUUGCUGUAUUCAUGCAAAAUUUUCCUUUGCAUGCCGAAAAAAGAUUCUAUUGAUGACACCGACUCUGGAUCUCAUGAAUCUGGCGUGUGACCUGAGAUCUGGUAGAAACCGUUCGAGAUGAAGAUAGCUGAGUGGUUUAAUUUGCUGCUUUUCAUCGAGCAAACGAGUUGUUCCAUUUCGGACUUUCCAAUUUCCAUACUUUUUAUUCAAUACAACAGGUGGCGACGGGCAUUGCUGUUUUAGGAUUAUGGAUGAUACAUGGCCCCACUACUCUCUCGCGGGUUGGAUUGAGCGGUUAUGGGUUUUUCUUGUAACUCCCGAUGCGGGAAAGGUUGAGACGCCCUACGACAGAGCUGCCCAAGAUUUGUGGAAAAAGUGGAGUACCCAGGGCGAUCCGAGUUAUUGGAAAGCAGUUGGACAAAUGGCUGCGAGCCAUCAGUUAUGCAUUGCAAAGGUGUCUGGGUCUGGAACAAGAGUUCCAACCUAUGAUGCUCUUUUUCAAGUACACAGAAAUCAACUAGAAUUCUGUCAUGCAUGAGCAGUAAGAGCUUCGUUCCGCUUCCGUUCCCCUCUUGCCCACGCAGAGAGACAAUUUGUCAUGCUGGGUGGCGUUGCAAAGAAACUGAAACUUUGCAUUCCAAACCUUCUGGGGCAUGCAAGCCCUGCGUGACAAACUCUUCACUUUUCCAGACUCAGACAUUUUUGCAUUGCAAAUCGCUACAGGAAAGACCUGAGGUUCACGGACACGAUCGAGUAGCGCGGUCGCGAGACGAGCACGGCUGCGGCACAUCACUCUGUCUUCGAAUUAUAUAUUGUUUCACUUCUUCUGUCCUCUGCGCACGGAAGAGGUAACUGCACUUACUUGUCUGUCCGGGCAUCGACGGAGCCUGCCCCUCUGAAUUGAGUUCGUUUCUCAUGCGGAGCAGCAGGAGGCUUUUCUAUUUCUAUCCAGCUUCUGGUUCAGGUCCAGAGGUUGUUGAAUUAUCCUGAAAUUUGAUGUAAUUCGGCGAGGAGAUCGAGUUUCCGUCGGGCGCCACUAUCAGGUCCGGCAUGGAAUUUUCUGUAAGAUGAUGGCUGGUUCACGACAACGAACCAGUACUGGUACGUACCGUCUCUGGGGCGUCAGCAGUCCGUUCGCGAGAAACGUUUCACACGUGCGCACAUGCUCGUUCAGAGACGCUGCUAAAACUUGGCGCCUAAAAAGAACUGAGGACGGGUUGAUGGCGCGCCAAUGAUAUACAAUGUUUUCACUUUGUUCUACAACUAAUAGUAUACAAUUUCUAUCUACUUUCACUGAAUUUUACUCUUCCCUCAGCUGCCGCUAGUCGACUGCAGCGCGGUGGUAAUUAUUCGGUAGAUUUACGUGGACAAUGUACUUUGCCUUUCGUUUGUUUGUACACGAUUGGUCCACGACUUUGCGUGGACGAAUAAGUAGAACCGUCAGUCCUGGAGUACUGGCCGAGGGAGACUGUUCACUGGAUCCGAGUUCGCUCGUACCGGAACUUUUUUUUGCGCUUUGAUGUCUUGGGAUCCUG